AUGCCUAAGAAAAAUUAUAAAAGAAGAAAAAUUGGAAUAACAAUAAAAAAUGAGAAAGAAAAUCAAUUUUUAAAUUUACUAUCUGACAAAGAAUUUAUAUUGUCUACAAAACAUGGAUCAUAUUUAAAUAAUAUUCCUUGUAAAGAAGAGUUGUCAGAUUUUACUGGAAAAUUAGAAGAAAUAUAUGAAAAGUAUUGUCUAAAUAUUGAAGAUAAUAUUCUUUUAAAAUUAUGGAAUCAACGUGGUAAAGUUAAAUGUUUUGUAAAUGAACAUGAUAAUAUGAUAAAGAUUCCACCAACUCCAUCAAAAGGAAAAAAUAUCUCUCAAAUAGAUAUUAUGAAACAAAAUAUAACAGAAAGAAAAGAAUUUUUAGAGCUGCGAACUACUAUUAAUAAAAAUGAUAAUAAUUCUAAUAAUAUGAUUAAUACUUGUUAUACAAAGAAUCAUUCUGAAACAAAUGUAAAUAAAAAUAAUAACACUAAUAACACUUUUUCAAAUUCAAAAUGUAAUGUAAUUAGCAAUUUUGGAAAAAAGCGAAGAAACACUGCUGAGAGAGAAAUGUGUAUUGAAGAACAGAUGGGAACACUUAUUCAAGCAGAUUUAAGAAGAAAAAUGUUGCUAGAUGAAAAAGUUAAAAGAAUAAAAUUAGAAAGAGAAGAAAAAAUGAAACAGGUAAAAGAAAAAUUACGUCAACAAGAAAUCAACCCAAUGAAUAAAAAAAGUAAAUUGUUACAGAAUAAGGAUGUAGUUGAAAAGAUAAAAAAAUCAAAAUUACCACCUUUAACACAAAAAAGUACCAAGAAUUUCUUUAAUGAACAGCAAGAUACUAAAAAUAAUUUAAAAUAUACUAAUAACAAACUAACAAAUUUUAAUCAUUCUAAAAAACCAAAUGUUAUUUAUGAAAAUAAAAAUAAAAGAAAACGAAAAAGUGAUAUGAAGGAUGAAAUAAAAUUUCUCAUUCCACCUGUUAAAAAUGGACGAUAUUCUGAAUCGAGUGAUAAUAUGUUUAUACAAAAUAACAAACCACUAAUAAAUUGUUAUACGAAUAUUAAUAAAUUCAAUGAUAAUUCUAAAAAACUAACCAAUAAAAUAGAUAAUGAAUCAUAUAAAAUUGAAAACAUAUCAGACUGUGAUACAACAGAUGAUGAAAAUAAUCCAUUUGGUAUUGUUCCAAAAUGGGCACAAUUUGAAAAUUUAAAAAAUUCUCUUAUUCAUCAAUCUAAAACUUUUAAUUCGUUAACCAAAAUUGAAAAUGUUUUUGGAAGCUUUUGCUUUUUUAAAUUACGUUUUCCAUCUAAUGAAAGUCAUAUAUAA